UGAAACUGUCUCGAUAAUUACAAUUAAUAAAGAGAUAGUCCCACAGGAAGCAUACAGGCCAGCUUCUACAUAUUCUAACUGAGGUGUAGAUUACCCAACCCCUACUUAAUGUGUCUUUAAAGGUCACUAUAUAGAUUUUGUGAAAACACAUAAUAAAAUCCUGACCCCCACAAUGUGAUAUAAUGACACAGAAACACAAUCCAAGUGUCUCGUUACAAACCUAAAGUGCAGGUUCAUAUUCUUCUGUGUAUUUUGUCUAUUAAAUACAAUACUCACAAGCUAGCAGUGCAUUGAAGGAGAAAUUGAUCGAUUUAUUGGGUAAACUCAAACUGAUGAAAUCUCAUAUAUACUUUGGAGUAACUUAAUGAGCACGGAAUACGUCACUUUCCUUUUUAGCCAACCAAACUUCACACUGAUCCUUUCUGCACCUACCAGUAAGACCAGUAUCAUCAUAUUAAGAUAAAAUGAACAUAAUUAGUGACUUUUAUAGAUGGAAUGUAUGCCUAAACAAUGUGAUGUGUUGUGUCUUUUUGCACUGCAGGUGUCGUCAAAGUCAUGAAGUUGGUAUCUUGUUGUUUUCUUAAUUUGUGUUUUUUUCUAUUUGCAUGUUUUCUUGAGUUGUUUUCUUAAGUUGAAGUUUCUCUUUCGGCCAUCAUAGUCUGUUGACUUUUGCCAAGAGUCUAGCGCCAUAGCAACUCAUGUAUCCAAUUGUUUGGGAGGGCUCGUGAACGCGCAGUGAUUGCAGCAGGUGUGUGUUGCAGGUGAGGUGGUGCGUUCAGAGGUUACAAGUAUCCGCAGCUCUGCUCUCCAGAAGAACCUCCGCUCAUGUGCUGCGCGUCAGCCGGCCCUCAGCCAUGUUCUCCUCGUGGGACCUCUGAUCCGGUCGCACCCAUGAAACAUGUGGACAACGCUGAACCUCUCCGCCGCUGAUGACUCCAACCUGACCGGCGCGGACCCCCGGAGGCCGCAGGAGCUGGACCACCGCUCCCUCAAGGUGAGCAUCAUCGUGGCGCUGGGGGUCAUGAUCACGCUGGGGAACGUCGCGGUUCUCCUGGUCAUCACCUCCUCCGUGGCCGGGUGGUCGAGGAACUCCCGGUACCUGCUGCUCUCCCUCACCGCGGCGGACUCUGCGUUCGCCCUGCUGAUCAUGCCCCUGAACCUGUGGGUGAGUCUGCUGAAGGACUACACCGAGGGGCCCGACGUGCUCUGUCACCUCGUGGCCUUCUGCAACGCCACCGUGUACUCCACCUGCAUGUACACCCUGGCCACCAUCAGCCUGGAGCGCUAUGUGGCGGUGCUGUACCCGCUGCAGUACUCGACCCUGCUGACCCGGAGAAGGACGCUGCUCCUGAUCGCCUUCGCCUGGGGCUUCCCUCCCUGCCUCCUGUCCCCCAUCACCUUCCCCGACAGCAUCAUCGAGGUGCACUUCUCCGCCGCCUCGCUCGUCUGCAACCCGUCCUACUCCACCAACAUGGGCUACUCCCUCAGCUUGACCUGCUUCAUAUUCUUCCCCUGCUCCGUCGUCAUGACGUACGCCAACCUGAGAGUGUGGUGCGCCGCAAAGAUGCAGCGACUCCGGCUGCGCCAGUACGACUGUGCGCGUCGCGGCAGACACAACGUGGCCUCCAGGGUGCUCGUGCCCGUGAUGGCAGCUUACUACGCCUGUUGGACACCGUGCAUGGCGGUUAUGAUCUACAAUGCAGUCACAGGUAGCACUGUACCGGAGUGGGUCGAGUUUGUGGUUGUCUGGCUGCCAACCUCCAACGGCUUCCUCAACUGCAUCUUUUACUUCUGGAUAAACCGAAGCUUCCGCAGGAAAUUCCACCUCGUCCUCCAGAGGCUGACUCUGGCCCUAUGCCCCAAACUGGCUGACACUCUGGGAUGCUGCAGCGCCGCUGAGACACAGUUUGUGUCAGGGAUUAUGGAUAAUAACAACUCUGUCCAUGAACGCUCUGCCAGUGUGUCCUCCACCUGCACCCUCUUGUCAUUAGCCUAGGAUGGCCGCACCACUGGUAUGGUAAAUGAUGCAGAUGA